AAAAUUCUAAUCUGAACCGAAUUGGAUCGAUGUAAAAGCCCAAAUAUAAGACGGUGAUCGUUAAAGGCCCAAUUCUUGCGCAAAAUUGAAGCCCUAAUAUCAUCAAGUGAGAGUGGUAACCGUCUUUUCUCUCUCUUCAACAAUUUUCCCGGCUUCCGCGAUUUUGCUUUGAGGCGCCGGACCGGAGAAGAUAAAACCCUAGCUCCGCCUCACUCACAGGCAGUUCUACGUCCACCUGAGUUCUCGUGCUUCGUUUUAUUACUCGGUUCUUUCUACGAUGAACUGUGCAAUUUCCGGAGAACUUCCCAAGGAGCCAGUGGUUUCGACGAAGUCAGGUUUACUCUUCGAGAGACGAUUAAUCGAAAGGCAUAUAUCGGAUUAUGGGAAGUGCCCGGUUACUGGCGAACCACUUACCAUUGAUGACAUUGUUCCCAUCAAAACUGGGGAGAUCAUAAAGCCGAAAACAUUGCAUACAGCUAGCAUCCCUGGAUUGCUCGGAACGUUCCAGAAUGAAUGGGAUGGUUUGAUGCUAUCAAAUUUUGCUCUGGAGCAACAACUACAUACUGCAAGGCAAGAGCUAAGUCAUGCCUUGUAUCAGCAUGAUUCUGCUUGUCGUGUGAUUGCUAGACUCAAAAAAGAAAGAGACGAAGCACGCCAAUUACUUGCAGAGGUGGAAAGACAUAUACCUGCGGCCCCAGAAGCUGUGACAGCUAAUGCUGCUCUGAGUAAUGGUAAACGAGCUACCGGUGAUGAAGAACUGGGUCCUAAUGCAAAGAAAUUGUGUCCUGGAAUUUCAGCUGAAAUUAUUACGGAAUUGACUGAUUGUAAUGCUGCUCUUUCCCAGAAGCGCAAAAAGCGACAGAUUCCUCAAACAUUGGCUUCAAUAGAUGCUUUGGAGAGGUUCACUCAGCUAUCAAGCCACCCACUUCACAAGACCAACAAACCAGGCAUUUGUUCGAUGGACAUUCUACAUUCUAAGGAUGUCAUUGCUACUGGAGGAGUUGAUGCGACUGCUGUUCUCUUUGAUCACCCUUCUGGACAAAUCUUGUCAACACUGACUGGUCACUCGAAAAAGGUUACAAGCGUAAAAUUUGUAGGCGACGCUGAUCUUGUUUUGACUGCUUCUGCUGACAAGACAGUCCGUAUCUGGCGGAAUCCUGGGGAUGGGAAUUAUGCUUGUGGGCAGACAUUGAAUGAUCACUCUGCAGAGGUGCGAGCUGUAACUGUGCAUCCCACAAAUAAAUACUUUGUGUCGGCAUCUCUUGAUAAUACAUGGUGCUUCUACGAUCUGUCCUCUGGCUCAUGCCUUGCACAGGUAUCAGACGGAUCAGAGAAUGCAGAUUACACUGCUGCUGCUUUUCAUCCCGAUGGUCUCAUUCUCGGAACCGGUACUUCUCAAUCUGUUGUUAAGAUUUGGGAUGUUAAAAGUCAGGCAAAUGUGGCGAAGUUUGAUGGACACACUGGGGAAGUUACAGCUAUAUCUUUCUCCGAAAAUGGUUACUUCCUCGCAACGGCUGCCGAGGAUGGUGUUAGGUUGUGGGAUCUGCGCAAGUUAAGGAACUUCAAGUCAUUUUUAUCUGCAGAUGCGAACUCUGUGGAGUUUGAUCCUAGCGGAUCUUAUCUCGGUAUUGCUGCAUCAGAUAUCAGAGUAUACCAGACGGCAAGUGUGAAAGCUGAAUGGAACCUUAUCAAGACACUCCCAGAUCUCUCCGGCACUGGUAAAGCUACGUGUGUGAAGUUUGGUCCAGAUGCACAAUACGUUGCAGUUGGUUCAAUGGACCAUAAUCUACGGAUAUUUGGUCUUCCUGGUGAUGAAAAAGCCAACGCUGAUGAUGACUCUGCACAAGACUCGUGAAGAAUCCUAUUUGCAGCAACGGGGAGAAUUUCAUAGGUGCGGGUCAUGAGUGAGUUUGUGAGUUAUUGUGAUCAUCCUCGCUUCCUCUGACAUUCAAACGAUCACACUCACACACACUCGAGUUUUCUUAUAGGCUCUUCUAAUCUCUCUUUGUACCUUCAAAAUCUGUACCAAACUUGUUCUUUCUGUUGCCAAAUGAUCGAAGCCAGUUUAAUCAAGACAUAAAUGUAGA